UUCUUUCUCCCUCCUCUCAUUCCUCUAAAUUCUAAAAUCCCAAUUUAUUUCUUACUCUUCUCAUUGUUUUCUUCUCUUCUUCUCUCUCAGCCCACUAACACUCGAACCCUUGACCUCUGUGGAAGAUGCAACAUAACCACCAAAUCUAACGGCUAAAAGCCUAGCCCCGAACCAACGAUUGCCCCAAUCCAUCUACCACCGGCAACGAGGAAGGCGAAUGCUGUUGUGUCGGCCAAGCAAGAAGCUCGAACAGGAGUAACCGAGUGAAAUUUCAAUCGCAGCAUUUGUGCAAACACUUGAACUGCACGAUACUUUCUCUGCUGCACAAUGCCCCGGCCUCAACUAAAUUCAAACUAUAGAAUUUUCAUGAGGAACGAUUUUGUUCAUGACUAUUGUACACGAUUAUCAUACGUCCAAUGCCGAUGGAUGACCUCCAGCAAAAGGGUUCAAGACCGCAGCAAGAGCAAGCGCGUGCACGACCUUGAAAUCGCUGCGGAGAAACAUAAGGUAAUCUCCAAAAUCCAGUAUUUGUUCGAAGUUCUCAAAGGGGAGCCGGAGAACAUCAUCCCUUUAAGAAAUCUUGACCAACACCGUAAGCAAAUCAAUCUCCCCAAGCCCCAUAAAAUCUCAGAUUUCCUCCGGAAGUCGCCUAAGCUUUUUGAGCUAUAUAAGGACCUUAGGGGCGUGGUUUGGUGUGGGUUGACAGAACAAGCUGAGAAAUUGGUGAAAGAGGAGGAGGAAAUUAUUGAAAAAUAUGGUGAGAAAGCUGCUGAAAAUGUCACUAGGAUGUUGAUGAUGGCUGUAGAUAAGCGGUUACCACUUGAUAAGAUUGCACAUUUUAGGCGGGACUUAGGCUUGCCAAUGAAUUUUAGGAAGCAAUGGGUUCACAAUUAUCCAGAAAACUUUCGGGUGGUUCAGCCAUUUAAGCCUUAUGAUGAGGGGGAGUACUUGGAGCUUGUUUCUUGGAAGUCUAGUUGGGCAAUCACAGAAUUGGAAAAGACAGUAUUGAGUUUAAAGCAAGAGCAGAUUGUUAGUGAGCAUGUCCCUGGACUGCUUAAAUUGGCUUUUCCAUUGAAGUUCCCCUCUAGUUAUAAGAAGGUUUAUAGAUAUGGUGGAAAAAUCGAGCAUUUUCAGAAGAGGGAGUAUUUAUCUCCUUAUGCUGAUGCUAGGGGUUUAAAAGCUGGGUCCCUUGAGUUUGAUAAGAGGGCUGUUGCAGUGAUGCAUGAGUUGCUUAGCUUCACAAUCGAGAAAAGAUUGGUGACUGAUUAUUUAACACAUUUUAGAAGAGAGUUUGUCAUGCCACAGAAGCUAAUGAGGCUUUUGUUAAAGCACUUCGGAAUAUUCUAUGUUUCUGAGAGGGGAAAGAGGUUUAGUGUGUUUCUGAAUGAGGCUUAUGAUGGUUCAGAGUUAAUUGUGAAGCAUCCUUUGGUUGUCUGGAAGGAAAAGGUCAGGAAUCUUAUUGGUUAUAGGGGGAAGAAGAAGAAGAUUGAGAGUUUUGAUGAUCUCUCGGACAUGGAGGAUAAGACUUUGCUUGGAAGUGAUUCUGAAGAUGACCAUGUUCAACUGGAACUUGGGCAAGAUGAGACAAUGCAUUCUUUAGAGAGUACUUCAACUACAGAUGGUUCUGAAAUGGAAAUUGAGGAGGUUUGCAGGGCAUACAAUAACUGAACAUGACUGAUCAAGCCACCUCCGACAACUGCAAAUAAAAGGCCCAAAAGAAAAAUAAUUAUUAUUUUCCAGUGAGGAUGGGGGUUGAUGUUAUUUUGAGGCCUUUUUUCGAGGUCCUGAUGAGGAGUAAGAAUAGGGUAUUGUUAGGGAAGUUGAAGAGUUGUGUGUUUGAUGAAUUGGUGAAGCUGGGGAAGGAAAUCUUGCUGAAGAAGAGGAUGGGAGUGGAUUAUGAUGAAAAGGAUGGUGAUGUAUUGUUGGGGGUGGUUGCUUUGAGGAUGGGGUUGUAAGUUAGGUUUUAUGAGGUUGGUUCAUCAGUGGAAUGUGUCCAGGGCAACAGGAAACUGUCUAUAGGGUUGCAUGAGGGGUUUCUGAAGUUGGAGAAUGAGUUGGAAUCUCCUGGCAUUGAAAUUGCCAUACCUGAACACAGUGAUGUUGUUGGUGGUGCUGAUGAUGAUGAUGAGGUGCCUCAGUUAAUCCCCGUCGAGUAUAAUACUGGUAACUGUACUGCAGAAUUGGGGUCACAAGAAGGGGCCAAUGAUGUACAUGAAAAUGAGGAUAGGUCUGAUGAUAGAAGCUUGAAGAAGCAAAAAGAAGUGGAGAAAGGGGUUGAUAGAGAUGAUAAGAAGGCUAAAAAGAAGAAGAAGAAUAAACUGAAGAGAAAGGAUGAGAAAGGGGCUUCAGAUCUCAACACCAAGUCUUUUACUGCUCGUGGUAAUAGUCUGAUUGAUGACCCGGAAAGUGAUGGAAGUGCAGCGGCUUUAAAUGGAUCGGUGAUAUCCAAUCUUCAGAAACAAUUUGUGAAAGUUGCUACUGAAGCUGGUUCAUACAGUGGCGAAGAUCUAGAUUCCUCUGAUACUCCCUUAAUAUCAGUGAAAGCUAAUAGAAUGCUUACUAAUAAGAGGAAGAAAGCGAAAACUGCAGAUAUGGUGGAGUCUGGCAACAUGGACACAGAUGGUGCUGAGAUGUUAAAGUUGCUGCCACUUCAAAGAAUAAGGAGAAGAGUGCAAAGAAGGUUAGAUUUUCUAUGAAGAAUACCUUGGUGUAGAAGCCACAGAACCCUUUGCCUCGUGAAAGUUUGAGAUUGCCGCCAUCUCUUACUCCGAGGGGUAGUGCACUGCAAAAGUGGGGGCCUCCAGGUCCUAUUAUAGAAACACAAUCUGUCAAGAAAAAGAUGAAGCCGAAAAAGAAAGCAAAGAAGAGAUUGAGCGGUGCCACAUCUAUGAUGCUAUUGCGGAAAAGAAUACAAACUCAAUCUGUGCUACUUCAGGUUGGAGGAUUAUUCUUCUGCAUUAAGUUGCUUUCUUUUGUUUACCGUUAAUUUAG